UGUACUGACCUUAAUAAAACCGGGAGAGGUCGAAUCCAUGAUUGCAGUUGAAGAUGGUGGAGAAGGAAGCUCACAUCACAUUGAAGACGAUGACCUGGGGUAAGACCAGAACUCAAUGAAGGUUUGCUUCUUGGGCUUUGGUAGAAACUUCCAUCACAAAGUCCAAUCUUUGGGAUUAAAAAUCAGAUCAUUCCUAGCCAUUCAAAGAUACCAGCACACAACGGUGAAAUCUAAAACCAAACCAAUAAGGGAUGGUUCGGUUUCGGUCCGGUAGAUCACAACCACGAUGAACGAAAGUACGAAACAGCUUAUGUGCCUUCAACAUUGAGCUGCUGCUAUGCAACGACAGGUAUACUCCCACUCUUAACAUGGGCGAGGGAAACACAGUGCCUCAACCGAAACCCGCCUCCGCGGAUCUACGUCUCUUCCACGCCCACGCCAUCAAAACUGCCAUCACCGGCACGACUUCAGUGUUGAACAACCUCAUCACUCUCUACUCCCAAUCAAAUCUCCUCUCCCACGCUGUUCGUCUCUUCUGGCAAAUCCCAUCACCUAACAUCGUCUCAUGGACGGCUCUCAUCUCUGCCUACGCCAACACCCACCUCGCUCUCCGCCAUUUCAUCUCCAUGCUUCGUCACCCUACAUUACCCAACCAGCGCACCUUGGCUACCCUCUUCAAGACAUGUGCUUCACUACCUCACAUGUCUUUCGGUCUACAGCUUCACUCCCUCUCCCUCAAGCUCUCCCUCGCCCACCUUCCUUUCUCCGGCUCUGCUCUCAUCCACUUGUACUCUAGAUGUCGUCUCCCCGUAGAAGCAAGAAAGGUGUUUGACAGAAUCCCUGACAGAGAUGAAGUUUGUUAUGCGGCCGUCAUUGUUGGCCUCGCACAGAAUUCCCGAUCCUCGGAUGCGUUGUCACUCUUUGUUGACAUGAGAUCUGCUGGUGUUGGGUCCACUAUGUAUAGUGUGUCUGGUGCUCUCCGUGCUGCGUCAGAGGUUGCUGCGCUUGAGCAAUGCAGGAUAAUUCAUGCUCAUGCGGUUGUUACUGGGCUUAAUUUGAAUGUUGUUGUUGGGACUGCCUUAGUUGAUGGGUAUGGAAAAUCGGGUCUUGUUUCGGAUGCGCACAGUGUCUUUAGUGGGCUAUUUCCUGAUGUGAAUAUUGUUGGGUGGAACGCGAUGAUGGCUGGUUAUGCACAGCAGGGGGAUAAGCAAUCAGUGCUUGAGUUGUUUUCUAAGAUGGCAAAUCACAGGUUUGUUGCCGAUGAUUACAGUUUUCUUGCCAUCCUUACUGCAUGUAGCAAUGCUGGUUCGGUGCAUGAAGUGCGGAAAUGGCUGAAUGCCAUGAAAUUGGAUUAUGGGUUGGAACCAGGGAUUGAGCAUUAUACAUGUGUAGUGGGUGCAAUGGCCCGUGCAGGCCAGCUAGAGGAGGCCAAGCACCUUGCCAUGACAAUGCCAUUUAAGCCUGAUGCCGCAGUUUGGCGAACCCUGUUAUCAUCUUGUGCAGUUCAUUGUGCAGCUGACAUCGCUUGGGUGGUAGGCCAGCGAUUAUUGGAGCUUGAUCCACAAGAUGACUCAGCAUAUGCUAUUCUUGCAAAUGUGCAUGCUGCAGCAGGGAGAUGGGAGGAGGUGGCGCAAGUGAGGAAGCAGAUGAAAGAUAGAAGGGUGAGGAAGGAAGGUGGACAGAGCUGGAUCGAAGUGCGCGGCGAAGUUCAUGUGUUCCUAGCGGGCGAUAGGAGGCAUGAGAGGACAAUGGAGAUAUACGCCAAGCUUACAGAUUUGUUGGAGGAGAUUCGGAAAUUGGGGUAUGUGGAGGUGUCAGAUGCAAUGUUGCAUGAGGUUGAAGCAGCAGAGAAGAGAGAGGCACUUUGGUAUCAUAGUGAGAAGUUGGCAGUGGCAUUUGGGUUGAUUAGUGGAGCUGCUCCACCAGGGAAGCCUUUGAGGGUGGUGAAGAAUUUAAGGAUCUGUCGAGAUUGUCAUGAGGCUUUCAAGUAUUUUAGUAGGGUGAUAGAAAGGGAGAUCGUAGUUCGGGAUGUCAACAGAUAUCAUCGAUUCGUAAAUGGAAUUUGCGCCUGUGGAGACUAUUGGUAAUUUGAAGUAUCACAAGGAAAAACUAGGCACUCACAUCUCUUUAAAAAAAGUGCCAAAGGGAAAAAGCCAUCAAUGAAGAAAGAAGUUUAACCAUUCACAUAGGGAGGAAAUAUGAUGCGUAGUCACCAUAAACGGUUCUCAUCAGAUCAAACAGUACCACUUCAAAGUGGCAAGAAACUCGGAGUCUUGCUUCCAGACCCACUGGUGAAGCUGAUCCAGAUUUCUUGGUUCUUAUAGGAAUAUCUUGUUCACUUGGAUAUAUAGGAUGAACUUUCAAUGGGAGCGCGGUGACUGGGCUCUCUUAUCUUCUCUCUUUCUCUUCCUCUUUUAUAGUCCAGAUAGAGAGAUGGAGGCAAGAAUUCAUUGUUUCAGCUCAUUACAGUUGCUACCAUGGGAAAAGCACCAAAGACCAUGCUUCUCUUUCUCAUUCCGUCUUGGGGUUUCCCAGAAACCGCUGCAGAGAGAGAAGUUCAAGAUUUACUGAAAUGACAAAACGGCUAAAUCUCUCAUUCUCUCGCUUUGUGGUCUCUCACCAAUGGCAGCAGUAGUCCUUGCAACUGGACUGGAAUUCAAUGCAACGAAGAAGAUAGAAUUGCUGGGAUAGACCUGGCCACUUCAGGCCUUGAUGGCACCCUUGGCCAGUUGGACUUUGAUGCCUUCCCCAAUCUCACCUUCAUCCAUGUCAUCCUCAACAACCUUCUUGGUGUAAUCCCAAUCGAGAUUUUGGCUCGUAGUAAACUCACUUUUCUUGAUAUUGGUAGCAACAAGUUCACCUUUGCAAUCUCUUGGGAGGUCAGAAACCUAUAGGAACUCCGUAUGCUUUGGCUUGCUAACAACUCUCCCAUGGAACCAAUUCCAUAUCAGCUUAGCAAUCUUCAAAAGGUCUCUUGCCUUGUACAUGGCCUCACAAUCCUGGAUUUCUGAGCUUGGAAUGUCUAGGAAUGAGUUAUCUGGAGUAAUCCAUGCAUAUUUCCUCUCUAGUUAGACACAACUCAUCUCUUUGUAUCUCCAAAUCAAUGGUCUCUCAGGAUCCAUACCUCCUGAAAUUGGAGCACUUCGUAUGCUCAGGAUCCUAUUACUGUUUGAGAAUCAAUUAUCAGGUCUAAUACAUUUUGGGAUUAGAAACUUGUUCAAUUUAACAGAAUUUUACCUAGCUAAUAACUUCAUCACUGGUCCCAUCCCUCCUAGUGUAGGAAAUUUAUCCAGGCUUAUCAUUCUAAAUUUUGCCAAUAACCAUGUCAGGAGAAUCCUUCUCCAUGAAAUUGGUAACAUGGAAAACAUGCAGAUUCUUGAUUUAAGCAGAAACCGGCUGCAGGGAACCUUGCGUUCGUUGAUAACCCACUUGCAAAAAUUGGGUCUCCUCUUUGUAGCUAAUGGUAGUCUCUCUCUCCCUCUCUCUCUCUAAUAGAUUCAGGCUUGGUUCCAUCAAAUAUUUGGAAGCAGGAGUUUCUGCA